UCAUAAAACAUAUUUUCCAGUUCAUCGUCUUUGUUGUAACUACUCCGACGAGGUUGAAGGGUCAUCUCACAUUUUGGGCUUGUAAGAUCGACUUCUUCUAAGCAUUUUUUAGCUUCUCUCUUUCAUUUCAUCUUCGGGUAACAACAGAACACUUCACCUGCACGUCAAUGGCAAACACGUCAGAAAGAAAGGAAUGUGUCUACCUUCAUUUGUGAGAUGUAGCUAGUCUUCACCCAACUCCUACAUGCGUUGGGGGAAAGCCUACUUUAGGAAAUGCUCAGUCUUGCUACUGCAUGUUUCUUUGCAUUUAAACUUAGUGAAACGGUGUUUUUUCUUUUAAUCGUUUGAUUUUGGUUUGACAUAAAACAUAUUUUCCAGUUCAUCUUCCUUCAUUUGCUGUAACUACUCCGAGGAGGUUGAAGGGAAGAGUUUGAGAUCUUCCUUGACAACAAGGCAAAAAUGUGUGCUAUACAAUGGAGAAGAGGUGGAAAACUUUUUUUUUUCAAGUUAAUCCACUCGGGAUUCCAGAUGAAGAUUUUUUUCUCCGUGAGAGUGUUUGACUGGAAAAACAGACUGUGGUAAGUACAUGGAUUUGCCCUCCUCUUUUGCAAUACAUAUAUAUAUAUAUAUAAUGCUUUUCUAUGAACAUGCAAGUCAUUUAUGGAAAUGCAAAUAUGAGGAACGACAAGGUUUCAUGCCUCCCGCUUUCAGUGGCGACAUGCAGGUCUUUGUGAUUUAAGGAAUGCUUUCCUAGCCCAUCACAGGAAGUGAAAACGUUUGCAAACAGUUACAUUUUUUUUUAUUUAGAUACAAGGACAGUGAGAUCACAGCCCUUUUAGAUAGUGAGAUUCCAUAGCCAGACUGAUGUCGACCAAUUGUUCUGCCAAGAGAGUAAAUGUUGCCUGGGCAGCGGCGAAGUUUUAACUCACGUUCUAAGCACAAACAGCAUACAUCUGAGCAUUCGUUAUCGUAAUAGGUCCUUGUAAGAUUGGCUGUCUCUAAGCAUUUUUGCAGCUGGCAUGUUUCGUUUCGUGUUAGGGUAACACCAGAACGCUUCGGUUUACCGUUUUCACUCCAAAUGCGUACCACAAGCAAGUCAGAAGGGCACGAAUGUACAUAAACAUAUUUUUCAGUUCAGCUUCUUUGCUGCAAUUGCCCUGAUGAAGCUGAAGGGAAGAGGAUGGAAGCUUCGUUAGCUCGAUGAUCACCACAACAAGCAAAAACGUGUGCCACACAACGGAGAAGCGAACACACAAACAUCUAUCCAUGUCUGUUCACUCACAAUGAAAUGAGAGGGCUUAGUACAAAUGUACAUUUUUAUUUCCCUGAUACAUGAGCGGUGAUUAUUUUUUUUAUGCUCCAUUGUGCACCAGUCGAUGUUUGAAGAGGUCAAGUGUUAGCUUGCUGAUGUAGCCUGUUAAGUAGUGCCAACCUUCAGACUCGGCUUGUUCCAUGAAACAUAGACUCUCGGCAGCAAGAUGCAUGGCGUCAACCUCGUCAGCAUAUGUCAAAAUUUCGUCCACGUGACGUGACCAUUCAGCAAGUAAGGCAAAAGGUGAUUCCGAGGCAAACGUACAGGCGGUGUGAACUCUGGCAUACAUUGUUUUUGCAGUUUUCCAAGUAACCCUGUCAGGAGGUUGAUCUGGCAGCGCUUGAAACAACACCAUAUCCGUCACAAUUUUAAAAGCUUCCACGUGCGAAGUUUUGCCUACUUGUGUUAACCCACAUUCCAAUAUCUCUUUGUAGGAGACGUGUUUGAGACGACACACAGGCUGCAUCCGAAAUUCGUGUGUGUAACCUCUUCUCCAUCUGCCACACACAUCUCUACCUAGCACAGGCUGCUCUUCAUCUGCGUCUGAUGAUGACAACCAUGCGCCAUCAAGCCGAGGAUCAACCUCAGGCCAUGUUGUGUCAUCGGCGGCUGACUUGUCUUGACUGGUCAUUACAAACCAAGUUCAUUCUAUACAGCAAGAGGAGAAAGCAAAUUGUCAUCAUAACAGCGAAGCCUCCAUAACACAAGUAAGCUAUGUCAUCCGUCAUGGAAAAGUUGGAUAAACUGAAAAAAUGUGGUGACGGUGAAAUUCAGAAAAUGAGCAACAUACCCAAAAACGAAAAGUUCGAAGUGCUGGACAUUCAGAAAAUUGACACUAUGUAUGGCGAGGCAGUAUACGUGGAGCUCCGCAUGGAAAAUGACAAGCCAGUGAAAGUGUAUCUACCUGGACGCUUCAAAAAAUUGUCGGAGGAAGAGCUAGAGGAAAUGCAACUGCUUCCAAAUCUCAAAAUGGAGAAGAAAGAACGGUUUACCAAAGAUGGUAAAAAAGUCAUUUCGCCAGAUAUUAUCUUCACCAAUUCGAAGAAAAAGUGAUGAGAUAUGGUGACGUGUCACUUAUGCUCCCAGCACGAACGGCAGUAUUAUGCAACAGCAUUAGGUCUUCAGAUUCACUUGGCAAAUGUUCACAAUCUUCAAGCCCCCUGCAUUCCUUUUUGUGAGACUUUGUGCACACUGCGAAACUAUACUAAUCGGUUCGAGCUACAUUUACAUGACAGGGACGUUAGCGGACAUGAUGUUACAACCUUUUUUCACGAGUACAGACAGUACAUUGCUGAUGUCUUACGACACUUUGGUUUCCCACUGCGCUAUUUUGUAUUGCUUAAAGUGGAACUUGGUCGUCACACGCCAGACGAUGAGUUACAGCUCGAAAUUAGUUUCGUGCCUUCCAAAGUAGUGACAGUAUGGUCAGAGGCAGAUGUAGAACCUUCUAUCACUCAAGUGACUGCUGAAAUAGCACAAAAUUUGGAAAACCUCGAAGUAGAAGGUUCAGGUUUUUUUCUCUUUCGCAUUCAUGCCUGUAUCAUGAACAUUGGACGUUUGAUGCCUCAACUGAUUGGAUGUGCCCAGUUUGAGUUACCGCAAGAAUUGAAGCAUAAGUUUCGUUCUCUGUUGUGUGUGGACUUUGGUUUGCAUGAAGAUGAGCAGAACAUGUGUUUUGCCUUCUCUGUAAUAGCUGCACUGCAUCCUGCUACUGGUUAUCGCAGGCGUAGGGCAUCUUCAUACAGACCAUAUAUUUCUGAGUAUGUUUUUCCGAAAACAUUCCCGGUAGCUUUCCCAAAAGAGGUUGAAGCAUUCGAAAAAAAUAAUGGUAUCAGUAUCAAUGUGUACGCCUACGAAAGGGAAGACAAAUCUCUGUACCCCAUCAAGGUUGUCGAUGACGAGCGUGAGAAACAUGUGGAUCUGUUGCUAAUCGACUCUCAUUUUCUGCUUAUCACAAAUUUUAAUGGAUUAUUUCAACCUAGCGGACGGUUUCAUUGCAAGAGGUGUAUGAUGGGCUUCUCAUCAGACAGAAUCCUCAGUGAUCAUUUAAAGAUGUGUUUGCAUCAGAAGGUUGCUAAGACAAUUUACCCUAAGAAGGGAGAGACGGUAGCAUUUGCCGGGGAACAUCUCAUGUCGGAAGUCCCUUUCUACUGUGUAUAUGAUUUUGAAAGUGUUUUGUCACCUUGUUUGGAGGAAACAAACGUGUAUGAGGAUCACUGUCCUUCCUCAUUUUGCCUUUUGGUUAUACGUGCAUCCGACUCACACGUGUUGCAAAAGCAUCUUUUCCGUGGUCCUAAUUGUGUCACAGUAUUUAUGGAGCUGCUGCGGAAAUUGCAUGACAAAAUUUUAGGAUGGAUACAUGCUUUUGCACCUCUAGAAAUGACCGAAGAGAAUGAGCGUCAACAUACAGCAGCCACUCAUUGUAAUAUCUGCAAAGAAUCCUUUGCUAAAAGACAAAAAGUUCGAGACCAUGACCAUGUAAGCGGAGAAUUUCGACAAACACUAUGUCAGACGUGUAACCUGAAACUGAGAGUGCCACCCAAGAUUCCAAUCAUUGCACAUAAUGCUAACUAUGACAUGAGUUUUCUCCUGUCUCAUUUACAUCUGCUUAAGAAGUCAGACAUCAACGUGAUUGCCACCAGCUGUCAAAAAUUUAAAGCAAUUGACAUCGGCUCUUAUCGAUUCUUGGACAGUUUGAGUUUUCUGAACGCAAGCCUUGAAACACUGGUGAAAAAUCUACGUGAUAAAGGUGAAUCCAACUUUCAAUGCCUUCGCCAGUUUUUUCCAAAUGAGGAACACUUUCAGCUGGUUGUUCGUAAGGGGGUCUUCUGUUAUAACUUUGUCACCAGUUUUGAAGCCUAUGAUGAGCCUUCGCUACCACCUCGAGAUAAGUUCUUUAACAUUUUGAAUGGAACCGAAGUAAGUGAACAAGACUACAACCACGCGCAGAAUGUGUAUGAAAAAUUUCGGCUCAAGAGUCUUGGAGAGUAUUCGGACUUAUAGCUUCUGACAGACACACUGCUUUUAGCAGAUGUGUUUCAGAACUUUCGAAAGUGGACACUCGAUGUGCACAAGAUUGAACCGUUUCAUUUUGUAUCCCUUCCAGGAUUAAGCAUGUCUUGUGCACUAAAAAUGAGUCAGGUAGAACUAGAACUAAUUAACGACCCCAACGCGUACCUGCUCAUCGAGAAUGGCUUACGAGGAGGUGUCACACAGUGCUCCCUGAGAAAAGCAACUGCGAAUGGGCCAGGAACAGAACAGUUUGAUCCCGAAAAAGAAAAAAAAAUAAUUAACUACAUUGAUGUAAAUGGCCUGUAUGGAGCAGUCAUGAGAGAACCAUUGCCUUACGGAGGAUUUGAGUGGCUCACUGAGGAGGAAAUUGUUAACUUGGAUAUAGCUCAGAUACGAGAUGUGGGUUACUGUGGGUUACUUUCUUACCCUGUGGGUUACUUUCUUGAUGUAGACCUAGUGUAUGACCGAGCAACUCAUGAACGCCACAGAGAUCUUCCCGUUGCCCCUGAAAAAAUGUCCGUUCGUUAUGAGCUAUUGUCAGACUAUCAGAAGGCGCUCAUGAAGAAGUUCAAUCUUCCACAGAAAGCUACCGAAGCAAAACUGUUGCUAACAUUAUUUGAUAAAGAGAGGUACUUUCUCCACUAUCGCAAUUUGCAACUGUAUCUGCAAUUGGGGUUGCGUCUCACUAAAGUUCACAGGGUUCUCAAGUUCAAUCAAAAGCCCUUUCUGCGAUCCUAUGUCGACUUCAAUCACGAACUUCGGAAGCGAGCUACAAACGCAUUUGAGAAACAGCAAUCAAAGCUAACGAUUAAUAGUGUAUAUGGCAGGACAUGUAUGCAAGUCAGGAAAUUCGUAAAUUGUUGCCUCACAGUAACAGAUGAGCAAGUGUUGAAGCUUCUACGUAAACCAAACUUGAAACAGUUCCGCCCUCUGAGCUCUCACGUCAUCUUGUUCCAAUUUAGUCAGUCUGUUCUUCGCAUGAAGCAACCGCUGUACCUGGGCUUCACAAUAUUAGAAUUGUCUAAGCUGAAGAUGUUUGAUUUUUAUCAUAAUCAUCUUCUCCGUGUAGCCCCUGAUACACGACUGCUAUACAUGGACACUGAUUCUUACAUUGUGAUGCUGAGUGACGAUAAAGUACUCCACGAACUAGCUGACGAGCAUCUAGACAACUCUGGAUAUGACCCUGAUCACCCACUCUAUUCGACAAAAAACAGGAUGGUACUAGGAAAGUUUAAAAAUGAGCUUCCUCGUGAUCACAUUCUUGGCUUCUGUUGUCUGAAGCCAAAGCUGUACGCCCUCGAUCUGUGCAGCAAAAAGCAGUACAAUCGCGCUAAGGGUGUUAAACAAUGUGAAGCACAAAAACUCCACUUCUCUAUGUACACGAAUGCUCUCGAGCAGGGCACAAUGCAUAAAGUUAAACAGAACCUCAUUGUGCACAAGGACAAUGUCAACAAAAGUGUGUCAGUGACAAAAAUAGCCCUCAAUCCACUGGAUACGAAACGCUUCAUUUGUGAUGAUGGAAUUGACACGCUACCUUUUGGCUAUGGUUGAAUUUUUUUAAUGUGUAUGGAUUGGUCUCUCUAAUGAAGCGAUGGUGUUGGGGUGUGCACCGUCACAAGGUUUCAUUACAGAGUUGGCAUACGGGAGUAGGAGGGAACUCAUCUGUUAUCACCCCCGCAACAGAUGUUGCCCUUCUAUUCCUGGUCCCACAGAAAAAAAUUGUAAUAAAGAUGUUACAUCCAUAUAGCUAUGGUUUGUCAUAUAUUAGAACAAUGUCAUGUUAGAACCAUGAACUAAAGCUAUUGCAUUAUUCCACAUCUAUGGUUGUCCGUGUGGGAUUACUUACAACUGUGAGUUAGGAGCUAGAGGAUAUUUGUUAGCCACGAGUGAUGACUAAGCUGAGACCUGGUCUGAUGAAUUUCAUGUCUUCCUGAAGUAAUGUGUAGCUCUUGAUGUGAGUGAAAGAGACAGUUUGCUUUCCUGUAUUGCUGCAUGCAUUUGCGAUGGAAAUAACAACUGACUUUGUCUGCAAGUCACUGUUUGUAAAUGGACCGUCUCAGAUGAAUUUGAUUAUAUGUGUGUGAAAUAACCUGUUUUCUAAGAAUUUGAUUAUAAGAGUAUGUGAUAACCAGUUUCUAAUAGCAUGUAUGUAAUCUAUAACAACGUCUUUGUUUGCAAGUCAGUGUUUGCAAAUAGCCUGUCUCAGAUGAGAGUCACUGUUUGUAAAUGAUCCGUGUCAGAAAAUUUUUGAUUAUACAGUCAAACUCCUUUACAACGAAACUCAGGGGACAGCAAAAAAAAUUCGCAGUAAAGGUAUUUUCGUUAAAAAGGAUGUCCAUUAUUCGACCUAUAGGGCUCCAGCAGGACCGCAAAAAAAUUUGCUGUAGUGGUAUUUUUGUUAAAAAGGUGUUCGCUAUAAAGGAGUUUGACUGUAUGUGUAUGAAAUAACCAGUUUCUAAUAGCAUGUAUGUAAUCAUCAACAAUGUCUUUGUUUACAAGUCACUGUUUGUAAAUAGCCUAUCUCAGAUGAGAUUUUUUUUAUUAUCAAUGAUUCAUUAUAUAGUGUGCAAAUUAAGUUGACAAAUAAAGCUCUUUUCAGGCAAACUGAAAUUUUAUUGAAUGCUCAUAGUACACUACAGCAUGACAUAUCCUCUGUUUUUCUUGGGAA